GCAUUAAUACAAUUUAUUUCACCUCAAAAUAAAUCAGAUUAUUAUAGCAAUGACAACAUUAGUUCACUUGCACCCGAUAAAACUGCGGGAAAAAUUAUUCCUGUACCUGGGUAUUGUGUCGUCAUAAUUUUGACUUUCAUUACGUCACGCUAUACUACAACGGUUGUAAACCUUUUCAUAUUAUCAGCUGUGCGUAAGGGCAGUUUUCAGAAAUUUUCAAAAAUACAGGGAAAAAAUCGUACUAUUUAAAGAAAAAUGCAACCUCGCCAUACGUCACACAAGGCGGAGGCCCAGUUGUCAAAAGGAAAAAGAAAUUUAGCAGGGAAAGCCAGAUUACCAGGAAAAAAGCCGAAAGUUUCCCAAGUUACGACGCAGGGAAUAAGCAUCGAGGAAGUAGCCUCAUCAGUAUCGGAACUAAUCCUCCCUGAAUUGAGACAGACCAUCAAGUCUAUUAUUACGGAGAGGCAAGACGCUACCCUGACAUCGGCACAGCCGCAAAAUGAAGCUUCGCCCGAACACUAUGGAUUUUCAACUAGUACAGUGGCCGCAGGCGACGUAUCUGAACAACAGAUUGACGUUGUAAUUAAUCCAAAACAGCCAGUGGAAAAAGAAGGGCAAGAAAAAAGUGUUUGGAUAGUCGGAUCAUCCAUUAUGAAGUGGGCUUUUCAACGAGCGAGCCUUUCACCCGAAAAAUCUCAUUUGGGUCUUAGACGUCUUAAUUAUCACAUCCUUUGGCAGAGCAAGGGUGGCCUAACUUGGAAAAAACUGAUUCCCCGCAUUCAGCUACUACUAAGGUAUGAACCAUCACCUGAUGUUUUAAUUGUUCACUGUGGUGGUAAUGAUAUAGGUAAUGUGCCUUUACUUGAUCUACGCGUAAUGAUGAAAGAAACAAUUCAAAUGAUUCAGUCUAAACUUCCAAAUACUACCAUGGGGUGGUCUCAUAUUCUUCCCAGAUCUUCAUGGCGCUACAGUAAGAAUGUUAAAUCUCAAAAUCUCGCAGUCAAAAGAAUUAACAGUUUUAUGAGCAAAUUGUUUGUUGUUAAUAAUGGUUUUUACAUCAGUUAUCCCGAGAUAUCUUGGGAUGCUAACGGAUUAUUUGUUAAAGAUGGUGUUCAUCUUUCCGACCUUGGCAAUGACAUUUUUCUAUAUAAUUUACAAAGUAAAUUGCAACAAGUCUGCUCUUCCAAUGGCGAACGUAGGUGCCGGUCAAUUUAAGCGUCGCUCAUCCUCCAAAUUUUUUUGGCGGUGGUUGUUCUCCCUUUGCUAGAACAACCAUGUGGCGAUAUUUCGCGACGCUUUUGGCUUUCAUAGAUUUGAUAGCA